AUCGUCACUAUCACCUUCAUCCCUUACAGACUUUUGCGGCAGGGUUUCCAUAUUAUUUUUAUUCCAUUGAACAUAUUCCUGUUGUCUAUUUCUUUCUUCCUCCAUGUCUCUCGCUUUCUACUGCACUGCUCUGACAUCAUCCUUUUCCCUAACUCUCAGGUUCCGCUCAACGUUACAUGUCUUGCGACCCCAACCAUUCAAGCAGAAAGAUUCAGAACAGCUAGCUGUCCAAAAAAAAAAAAAAAACACCCAAGAUCCAUGUCUCAUCAGGAACCAGAAUCAUCUCUGGUGGCGGCUGACAUGCAGCAUCAAGAAAAGCUACAGACCAUGGACGCAGAGGGUCAACUUCCGGCCGUAUCGGCAACCAAGAUGGCCGAGGGCCUCUCUCGUGCGACUACCGACCAAGAAAGCCUACAGUCCUUCCGGGUAAUCAUCGUGGGUGGAGGACCGGGCGGACUCAUGAUGGCGCACAUGCUGGCCCGCGCCGGGAUCGACUGGACGCUGCUGGAGCGGCGGGACGACGGCGGUCUGGUGCAGCCGGGGACCGCCCUUGCGCUGUGGCCGCAGGCGGCGCGCGUGCUCGACCAGCUCGGCCUUUUGGAGGAGGCUGAGAAGCUUUACCUGCCGCUGGUGGGAAAGAUCAACUUUACCAAGGACGGGACAGUUGUUUGCACUUCCAACAUGAUUGAGAGGCUGGGUACCAACCACGGCUACCCCUGGAUGCUCUUUGAUCGUCAGGUUCUCGUGGACUUCCUCUCCCGCCGCCUCCCAGAGCAAGAGACGCGUGUACAGCAUGGAAAGUGUGUCUCAUCGAUAGUAUCGACUCCUUCAGAAGCCCGCAUAACCUGCACCGACGGCACGGUCAUUCACGGCUCUCUCAUCAUCGGGUGUGAUGGUGUUCGCAGCGGCGUCCGGAGAGCGAUGCGCGACCAGGCAACGUUCCCAGAGGGCGGGUCACCCGUACCGCGGCAGGACAAGAAGUCAAAACCCGUAAACGACGUCGACGACGAUGUGAUGAGUGCCGUCUUCACCGGCAUGGCCGGUCACUGCCACCGACCCGAGGGGAUGGCUCCACAGACGGUCCACGAGAUGCACGACUGGGGUCUCGCGAUACUCUGCAUGGCCGGGGACGACGACGCAUACUUCUUUGUGUUCAAGCGGCUGCCUAAAAAGAACCCGAUAAGCCAUCGGCCGCGCGGAGACAGGACGUCGUCGCGCGAGGAGGACCUAGCGGAGCUGGCGGCCGAGGUGGCUGACUGGCCCGUCGUGGCCGGCGGUGCGUUAAGGUUCCGCGACGUCUGGGCCGUGCGGACCAGGGCAACGCGGCUCGACUUUGAAGAGGGCUUCGCCGAAGAGUGGCACCGUGGCCGGCUGGUCCUGGUCUCGGACGCGGCGGCUAAGAUGACGCCCAAUGCCGCCUUCAGCCUGGCCACGGGCGUGCAGGGCAUGGUGGAGCUGACGAACCGACUCCGGAGGCUACUGCUAACGACGAGCCGGCCGUCCGGGGAACAGCUGACGAACGAAGUACUAGCGCCGUAUCAAAAGGCCCGGCAGCCCAUGGCCAAGUUCGUCAAGGACUUUUCUGCCGGCUACACGCGGACGUCAUCGUGGUCAAACAAGGGGUGGAGGUUCGUCGACUGGCUGUCCCCAAAGAUUGGGGGAGACGCCGUCAUGACCGACACGAUGGUGGCGUCGAUCGUGAAGCGGAGCAUCGUGCUCGACUUUGCCGAGGAGAAGGACUACCGGGUCGGGAAGAUGCCGUGGAAAAACGGACGGGUGAAGGAGGCACCCGAGAUGCUGACCAUGGGGCCAAGAAAGAAAUCCAUCGCGAGCAGUGAUGAAGCAGUGGGGCUGGCAUCCGCGCGAUGACCUGAUUUGGUUCCGCGGUGCGAGCCGUUGAGGUUUUGUGGUUUUCAGGGGUCGCCUGACUUACCUAACCUACCUGACCAGAAACUAUUCAAGAAACUCGAUCAUGAUACCCAAAUAUACAAAC